ACUUUUAACAAUUUUAGUUUGUUAUUCACUUGGUUUUGGUAAAUAUAUUUUAGUUGGAGAAAAAAUCUAAUAAGAUUUUUUAUUAAAAUUCUAUCAUAUUGUCAGCUUUAUUGUUCCUCUAUAUCGUGUAGAUUUUUUGACAGCAUGAUUUGGCUUAUCUUCGCGCCAUGUUGCAUUUGAUCACUUCUCAAUUUCUUUCAUAUUAUCAGUAGCACUUACUAAACAUAGUAUAUUCUUGUUGUAAUUCAGUACUAACAUACCAUUCUAUCACUUAGUAGUGCUUUAAUAUUGAGCGAUUUCUAACUUAUUGAGUUUUUAGCUCGCUAGGAAUUAAAUAAAACAAAAACAUAAAUAUGGCAGACAUGGAAGAAACUCAUUUCGAAACUGGAGACAGUGGUGCUUCAGCCACCUUUCCCAUGCAAUGUUCUGCCCUUCGUAAAAACGGAUUUGUUAUGUUAAAGUCAAGACCUUGCAAGAUUGUGGAGAUGUCUACUUCUAAAACUGGAAAGCACGGACAUGCUAAAGUUCAUUUAGUAGGAAUCGACAUUUUUUCAGGCAAAAAGUACGAAGAUAUAUGCCCAUCUACUCACAACAUGGAUGUGCCCCAUGUUAAACGUGAAGAUUACCAAUUAACCGACAUUUCUGACGAUGGGUAUCUUUCCUUGAUGUCGGAUAAUGGUGAUCUUCGUGAGGAUCUUAAGGUCCCCGAUGGUGAAGUUGGUGCCCAACUUCGUGCUGAGCAUGAAGGUGGAAAGGAUAUACUCUGUACUGUAUUGAAAUCUUGUGGUGAAGAGGUUGUUAUUGCUGUGAAAACAAAUACAGCUCUUGAUAAAUAAUGGCGAAAGAAGGAUAGGGGGACCCCACCCACUCUCAACACUGUCCAAUCCAGGGUCCCCGUUGCGCUAUAUUAUUGGGCUGGUUAUAAACAAAUAAUACAAUUAUUACAGCUUGUCAACGCCAGUAUGGGCCCGCAGAACAGCAGUCUGAUGUUAGCAUUUUCAUCCAAUAUGUUAUGUUGACAAAAUUCUCAUACAAAACCACUUUCAAUAAAUUUAAUUUAAUUUUAACUGAUUGUAAAUUUUUUCGUCUCUCUUUUUCGUCUUUUUUUCUCGGUUUUCAAGUUAGGACCACUCAUUUCAGGGCGGUUUUGGAAUGUUGAAUUUGUUCCAUCUUUUUUCUUGUAAUUGGUUCGAUUGUGAUUUAGUUGUAGAAGAAAUAAGUGGUUCUAAUAAUAUAAUUUUUUUGGAUAUUGUUGACGAUCAUUUUUAUUACCAGUAAAUAUAAAUAAUAUAGCAUUUUUAA